AUAUUCAUUUGUGUUGGUAUCAAUUAUUGCGUGACCAGCUUCGGAUAUAAAUGGGAUAGGGGAAAACACAACGUAAAACCUAGGCUCCCGGCAAAAAGUAAUACCCAAGCGUAAUAUAAUAACCGAAACAGCUUAUUCGUCUUAUAAAAUCAUAAAUAAACAAGGUAAGAGUGUUAUGUUAGAUUUUUUUUAUAAAUUGUAGUGAUUUAUGACUCGAUAUGCAAAUAAACGGUGGCGACAAGUAGGUACGCUAUGUAUAUUUCAUAGUCGCUAGCACGUAAUUUUGCCGGACUUUGAGUUCGUCUCACGAUAGAACAAUACAAACACACAAGGAAGUUUUUACAGUAACUUUGUAAUAUCCUUUUGUGUUUUAAAAGCUAGAAGCUCAGUAGAGUCUGUCAUAUCGGUCAUUGUUAAAACUGUCUUUGUUUUGAUGCUACUUUUCGACAUAGAAAAAGUAUGUAUGUCGGACAAAAAUAUUUACCAAAAAAUAAAUAUUUCUUUGCCAGCUUCAAUAAUGACCGGGGAUUAAUGUUAGAUGAUAAAACAAAGGAUUGUGCCGACAGAAAUACUAGAGGUCAAGUAAAUUCGUUACAUGAGGUCACACAACUCGGGUAAUAUUCAGGGUGAAAAUUUGUAUAUUUGAGCGGUCGAACGAAAAAACUAAUUUCUCUAAAACUAAAAUACAUUUUCACAAAAAAACCACACCAAAAUUAUUAGGACAUAUUGGGCUACAAAAUAUAUAAGUAGGAAAGAAAACGAAUUUGGGCGACUUGCCGCUGUUUGUGUGAUGCAUGUUGACAUUAGCUCUUAAGAGCUUCGUACAUAAGCUUGUGAAAUCGAACAGCACGAUUAUAUGUGCGAACACCAAAUACAGAUCCUUCAGAAAUUACCCCCGACUCGAUCAUCACAUCUCGUAAACCAGCGUCCUGGAAACGUUUCCCAAUCACUGACAAGAAUGUGCAAAUGGUAUGGAACACACUCACCCUCAAAAAAACAUCCGUAAACUGCCCUCUGUGCCUCCACUUUAUCUCAGUAGCUUUAGCAUAUAAUGAUCAAACACAACUGCUAUGCUUUUGAGAUUGAAAGUUUCCUUGAUCUGCAUGGACCUCAUUAGGACUUGGUACACAGUAGACAUGUUCGUCGCUGGGGUAUUGAUUGUUGGAGGGUACCCAACGUUAUCCUCAGCAACUUCGUGCUCGUUACGUACUAAAAUGUUGAAGCCAGUCCAACCAGGAACAGAUUGCUUCUCACUUGCAUGAAUAAGUACUAAAAUCCAUAACAAGUUCUUUUUCCAUGCACGUUCCAUGAUUUGAUUUAGCUUUACCUCCACAUAUCCUCUAGAAUGGGGCCCACAGCGCUCAUCAGCAUUGUAGGCAGGUAGAGCUUCGUCAUCCACUGACUCGAUACCUCUCCUCUUCGAUUUCACGAUGAUCAGCGCCGAAGCUGAUGGAGGAUGAGGACCAAAAUGAUUAGCUUGAACCGCGAUUCCCUUGACUCCAUGGGACGUACCUUCACCAAACAAAGUCUCCUUAAGACAAUCAAUAUUAUCCCAGGCUGGAGUGGUACUGAUAAACGGACGGAUGUUGUCGGGAAGAGGAAGUUCGUUCUGCGAUGUUGAUGUCAGCUUUUGAAGGCACAACGAAGUAUUUAUCUCUUCAAGUUGGGGGUACACAAGUCCAUGACCACAGCGGUGUAAGAUUUGAAAGAGUUCAACAUUGUUGGCAAGAGAUUUUACGACAUAUGAAAGUAGAACUUGCUUUGGGGGCCUUUGUCGCCCACCACUCGCACCAAAUACCAAGUCCUGACCAAAUGAGUUGAUGAGGCGUGAAACCUUUUCAGAACAGGACUGCAAUCCUGGAAAUCUGGUGCUACCGGUCAGUGAAGUGAAAAAAAACUCUUUGAGAUCAUCUGCAACGGUCACGGCAUUUUCAGUCGGCUCGCAAGGUUGUGGAGGCCAUGAUGCUUUUAUUUCUCGAGACUGGAUAGUUUCUCAAGGCGGAGGGCGGUUUUUGAAAUUUGAUAGCUUUACUAUAUCAUUGUAUAUCAUAGAGUGAUUAAGGAUCACCGACCAAAUGUUGUGGAAUUUGUUAUUGACUGGUUUUCGUAAGAUUGUUAAAUUGCUGUAUUCAUCACUUGAUGAGUAUGAAGGGGGGGGGAAAGGGAAUUUUGAAGCUUCGAAUUGAUCGAUGCAUAAGCUAUCCUCUUCUACAGCAUUCUCUUCGUGCAAGGUCUCAAGAAACUGUAAAUAAAGUAAAAUAAAAAAGGGAAAAUGAUUCCUGAAAUAAAAAGUCUGGCUUUUUGUUAGAAACGAUAACUUUCCUAAUGUUGCAGCUCAAUGAAACCACAACUCACUGUUAGUGAAAAAACAAAAAAAACUUUCCAUUUUUGUACCGCUGGUUAUGAGCAACAUUGUAAAAAAAGUAUGCAGGAAAGUACAAUAAGAAAAAAAACCACUGACCUUCUCCAAAAAAUGUCCUCAAAUAAAGAAAUAGAUUUCCACUUUCUAACUGAAAAGAAACUUAAUUAGUGAUUGUCUGUGCAUUCCCACAAGUUGAUGUCUAUCUCAAACGUGUAUAGCCAUUUCCAGAGCGUAGUACGUUGGCAUUUAAGGCUUACAGUUGAUAAAAAUGCAAAUUCCUCUGACGGACUUGCGAAAAGGUUGGAUUUUUUUUAUUUUUAUGUGCUGGAAACUUGAGGAAAUGGUAAAAUACUUUUGUUGACAAACAUUAUAAAUUUUUAUAUACACGAAACCGUUUGCGCGACAAGGAAAUACUGUAUCAUUUAUCUUAAGCUUGCAAGGAUUUAAUUCAAAUAAAUGACUAGUUGCUAUCACCAAACGUAUAUCAGAGUUGAUGAGAAUGUUUCUUUAACAAAAGCCUUCGUUCUCAAAACGGUAAGCGAAAUAAACUCUACUGAGCGAUAUUGCGCUUGGCUUGGUUAAAGCAGAAGCGCCUGUUUAAUUUAAUUUGUAAGGACAAAUCAUCCUGUUGCAACAAUUUUGCUUAAACAUCUUUACGUUUGUAUUAAGAAGAAAUAUAUUUCUUGAUUUCUAGAAAACGAUCUGGACGAAAAAUGUAUUUAAACUGUUUUCUUCUGAUUGGUGAAGUGAUUUUGGAACUCCUAGGACCAGGUCCCAAACAACUAGGUCAUUACGAGUUGAAGUCAAAGGAUUACCCUGGAUCCACCAUGUUGGCGGGUGAGUGUGGGCAAGUAUGGGCAGACCCGGUUUUUUGGUUUUGACUUUUUUUAUAUCCAUUUCGUAAUUGGAUCCUCAAACAAGACUUCAUGCCAAAUUUCAGCCAAAUAGGUGAAAUGGAAUGGCCGAUGAAAGUUCAAAAGCUACAGACUAUCACACCUAAAAGGGAUCUUUUUGACGAUGAACUGUAUUGUUUAAAACUCCAGUUUCACACUUUUAGUGGACUGCUUCGUCAGCGUAGCUGCAGCUUCCCUUUUGUUGUUAUUUAUUUCUUUUUUUUUUAAUUCCCUCAAUUCCGUGCUCUUUACAUUACCCCUUAAAACCGUCGAAGGCCCCUUCUCUUGAAUUACGGUCGUUUCGCCUACGGGUCGUUUCGCCUACGGUCUGUUCGCCUACGGUUAGAGUCGAUUCGCCUACGUCUCAUAUGUCAGUUCGCCUACGGUUAGAGUCGAUUCGCCUACGUCUCAUAUGUCAGUUCGCCUACGUGUUAAAACAUGUGUUACAACAGUUGAUUCAUCUACUUUAUGUGCGAUCGCACUCGGAUCCUAGUCGGUCAAUUCAAUUCCUAAAGCGUGACUCAUCGAAGCCUAUCGAAGUUAAAUAAUUGUAAAUAAGGAGCGUUCGUUUACCUGAAAAUUUCCGUUUUAAUUUGAUUCAUCUUCGUUCGAGUAAAAACAAGUUAUGUAAAUAUCGCAUAUUCUGAGUUGCGAAUUACACGGUUCUCCAAUCACACUCAGUAACCAUGAAGCGUACUCAUUUCGCGACAUUUCAAUUCUAAUACACUUAUUACAUGCGGGGAAGUUUAGGUUAUCCGAGUGACACCUGCCCCUUAAACAACAGAUCAUUCGCGUUUAAUUCCACAGGGCGCAGAGGAGUUCAUUGUGACGGUAGGCGAGGCGAAAAGUUUAAAAAAAUCAUUUUAAGCAAAAUAUCUUUCACACAUUCGUAGACGACCGGGUUCCGUCAUAAUAAAGUUUUUAAAAACAUUCGAACUUAGAUGUUUUAGCGCGUUGUUUUUCUAGCCAUCGAGGAUAGAAUGGAAGGAAUAAUACAAGGAACAAAGACUUUUAAUAAUUCCGAUUUAAAGCUUCAACAUCUGACUCGUAGGCGAACUGACAUAUAAGACGUAGGCGAAUCGACUCUAUUCGUAGGCGAACAGACCGUAGGCGAAACGACCGGAUACCCUUCUCUUACAUGAUUAAUGCUAUCAAUUCUUGCUCGAUGUCUUUGCAUUUUACAACGGUAUCCGCGGGUUUCGCCCAUAACGAGUUUCGCCCAAGAAGCGUUUCGCCCAUAACGAGAAUGGUUUCGCCCAGGCAAAAAUUCGAUUCGCCCAGACUGACAGUCAGUGAUUAUCCAGGCUAAGGGCCUCUUUAGACAUAUGCUUUAGAUGAGCCCGGUAACCGGGCUUUUGUUUUCUGUUCAUUCAUAAGCUGGCGUGCGGAACUUAUCUUCCGUGUACAAAAGAUUUGCAACGAUGAUAUGUUCCACGCGCAAGUGUUUUCAAAAGCGUUUAAUUUAAUUCUCGAGAAGAAAAGUGAUGCAAAAAAUCAUAGCAAUGCUUUUACGACAAACGGACGUCUCUGCAGUAUUUCGUGCGCGAAUUACCUUAACAAUCCCCACUCCACAGUGAAAGCUAUAAUUGACUUGUUCGUUUCAACAGUAACUUGUUCGUUUCAAAAUUUCAUGAUCUCAGGUCAAGUCACUUUUCUUCAUUCUGUGCAUACAAACGUUUAUAAGGUUGACGUUUUCCGAGUGAGAGUGUAGAAGUUUUACUUAUGGGCGAAACCUUUAUUGUUCUGGGCGAAACCAUUCUCGUUCUGGGCGAAACCAUUCUCGUUCUGGGCGAAACCAUUCUCGUUCUGGGCGAAACGAUAUGUGCGAAACUCGUUAUGGGCGAAACCCGCUAUAACCUUUACAACGACGAUUGUUCCAUAAAUAAAUGAAUAAAUAAUAAUAAUAAAAUAAAAAUAAUAAUAAUAAUAAAAUAAAAAUAAUAAUAAUAAUAAUAAUUAUAAUAAUAAUAAUAAUAAUAAACCGUAAAAAAAAUUAAAAUAUGCAAUAUUUUUGAAAAUUUCAGAAUGUUCGUUACAGGUAAAAACACUUCUACGAAUAGCUAAAAAUACUUAUUUCUUCAUGCAAUGAAAUUAUUUUACACCAGAAUUUCAAAGAACUAUCUAUAUCAAUUUUUCCCCUGAACUUAAAAAAAGAACCGACCUUUUGCUGUAUAUCGAUGGUUGCGAGAGGCUGCGAUCAAAUUAGUCAGGAUACAAAGUUUUUUAAGGUUCAAAUAGUUUCCUUAUUUGGAAAAACCUAUUCUUUUUGAAGGCUUAUAGCUUCUACACUUUUCUGUUUGUUUCCUUGAAAUCUAUGUUCAAAAAUGCUCCAUGAACUUUAAUCAAACUGUGUUUGUUUUACAGUAAAUGGUUUGAACCCGGGGGUAACAUGUAAAAGUGUAGUUUGAUCGUCCGAGUGAUUGUAGUCCUGAGAAGGACUGUUGUCGGUAGUGGUGACUGACGUUUCGGCAACCUAAGCGGAAGUCAUCAUCAGAGUCCAGUGAAAGGUUGUUGUCACUCGAAUGUACUUACUCCGGUUAGCGUACACUGAUAGGUCAGUUUUGCCGUGAUGUUGUUGGCUGUAAGACUCAAGUGGUGUAGGUCAGUCGUGAUUGGUCGGUUUGGAUCCGUUAGUGAAGUUAGGACGUUCUGUUCGGUUCGUUUGUAAUGUUAAUGUCGUGGAUGAGUCGUUUGUAUGGUGCCAGCAGUGGUUGACACCUGUUGAGGGGAGUCUGUUCCAAGUUAGUCAACCAGCUUUCCAGGGUCAGUCGUUGAAAUUAGUUGGUGCUGUAGGUUAGGCACUGCGCAGAGUCCCAGUCAAUAGUGUGGUUCGUAAGUCGGUGAUGUUCAGCAAUGUAAUUGUUGACAUCGCCUUUCCUCGUCGCUCGUUUGUGUUCAGUCAGUCUAGUUGCGAGGUUUCUGCUAGUCUCACCGAUGUAGGAGGCGUGGCAGUCGGAGCAAAUUGAUCUUAUAUUUUUUAUGGAACCACACUAUUGACUUCUUCUCGAGUCUUACAGCCAAUAACAUCACGGCAAAACUGACCAAUCAGUGUACGCUAACCGGAGUAAGUACAUUCGAGUGACAACAACCUUUCACUUGACUCUGAUGAUGACUUCCGCUUAGGUUGUCGAAACGUCAGUCACCACUACCGACAACAGUCCUUCUCAGGACUACAAUCACCCGGACGAUCAAACUACAUUAUUACAUGUGUUUGUUUUUCUAACAAUUAAGGCUACCAUAGCAACAAUACAGCUUCAAAGAGGCAGGUUUGUUACUCUAUCUAAUAAAUUUGCGAGCGAAACAAUGGCCGGCGUUUUAGGCAGGUUUUCUUUCGCCACCGCGGCUGAAAAGCAGCUCAAACAACGAAAACACUGUAAAAAGCACUGCCUUUUGGUUGUCGAUUUGGAAAAGGUGGUGUUUAGAGUGGGGAAUUGCCAAGAAAAUCGAAAAUUACGAAGCGACCCAGAUUGACACUUUUCUCGAGUGAUCCAACGCCGAAAUUAAAAACAAACAUGGUUAAACCCCGGAAACGACGAUUCUACUUCAUCGAAAGUGAUUCGGACACAGUUUGAACAAUUCCUUGAACUGUUUAGCUGGACUUUGAACUUAUUUGCGUUUGAAGAUGUGAAGAUAUCAUUGCAUAUUAUCGUUUUGAUCGCCAGCGGUUGUUUUGAUCGAACGCACGGCUCGAAUAACUUAUUUUUGCACUUGAUACGCGCGCUUUGCUUAUGCUUAAUUAUGAUAAGCUAUCUCGUAUUUUUUCAUGUUUAGUAUUAACACGUAAUCACAUGAUUUUCGUGCAAAUUUGUUAGUCUUUAAAAAAAUUUACUCGUGCUUAUUUAUUCCAAAUAGCACUCGAAAUCAUAUGAUUACCUACACUACUAAUAAAAGUGAUCAAAACAAUUAAAGAAACAUGAGCACAUUGUUUUGACAACAUAAAUAUUUUCGAGGGAAAAUACGAAGUAAUGCAGAGAAAUAUUCCUUCAAUACAUUUUUGCACGGUUAAUUUUUUUGUUUACGUUUGCGUCACCACAAUGCUGAAAUAACUUUCCAUAAAGGACAACACAUUUUAAUUUCCUAUGACACUCUAUGAUAAUUGAAAACCGACCUUUAUUAUGUAUUUUUAUUUUUCUACUCGUCACAAAAUCGGAAUUAAGUGGACUCACUUCAUCAAAUUCGUUCUUUAGAACUUCUUAUCGAUAAGUGAACGUUUGCUUGUAGAGUCCAAAAGAGGUCCUUUUUGUUAUAUUUAAAUGGAUAAAAGUAAACAGCUAAGGGUUUACGAAGGAGGAAUUUUCCCUCUUUAGAUUAAAAUUAUCAUCGUAAUAAUAACAAUAUUACUUAAAAUAAAAGUCAGCAAUUUUAACAACAACAUUAUUCCAUUUUUCGAUUAUAUCUGUAAUGAAAGAAGUUAUGGCGUGUAGCAGUGUGUAUCAAGUGAAAAGCUUAAAACUUGUGCGAUAUCAAAGCUAAUUUGAACUUAUUAUGAAAUUGAAUUUCUGCUGAUUCAUUGCCUCCAAUAUGAACCAAAGAACAUGAUUCACAGGAAGUUCUUGCUGGCGAAUUAAAAUUAACAUCUUUAUGGUAAUUUAACAAAGCAUCAUAUUCCCAGCUGUUGUACAUGUCUUUCAGCGAAAAAAGGGGAAGACCGAAAUUUUCACAGAAAUAUGGAUACGAAAAAUAUCACGGAGGUGAAUUGGCUAACUAAGCUUGUAACAAGGCUGCGUGAUAAUCAAAACUUACCCAUCACGAAUAUCAUAACAAGCAAGAAGUUUUUACCACCACCAAAAUAGACAGUGGUUGUCUGAUAAUUUGGCAAAUUUUCACAAUGAUAACUUAGGAAACCAUCAAAUGAAUCAUUCAUUUUCACAAACUAGAUUUAUAUCUAUCCAUUUCUUUAACGCAGACAUUUUCCACGACGAACUAAUUUAGUCAAUUACAUUAUGACCCAGAAAUUUUGCGAGCUUUACCGGUCUAAACGUCUGCUCGAUUUUGUUAUGAAUAUAAAAUCGUAGGAAAGUUGCGUGACCUAAAAAAAUUCUUUCAGGUCCAAUUUAUCUUAAUUCAGCACAAACGAUUUAAAUAUCAGUGUGCUUAUUUAUCAUUUCUAAAAUGAGACGACAGUGUGGAUUUGAAAGGUGUCGUGGGGGUGAAUUUACUGACGAGUGACAUGCCUGCAUAAUUACAACUGUUAUUUAUCAAUUUUUCACGAUAGCAUGUCAGGCCACAGAAUGAUGUGACAAAACUUAAUUACGUCAAUUGACGGGCAAAUUAUACAUUUGUACUGGCAGUAACUAAGACAGAACAGCUGACAUACGAAAUUGGUUUAACCGCCGAUAACCUAAUUUCCAUAGUUCAAACUUCCCCUGUCAUGAUACAUAAUAUCAAGUAAAGAAUUUGUUUCUUAAGCAUACGUUUAAUGGGCCAGAACUUUUCUAAUCCUGUUCUGUAACAUGCGUUCUGUUUCUGUCUCCCUUCUCUUAUUGGAGCUCUGCUUUAUGAUACAAAGGGCUGUCAGAUCACAAGGUUAGUUUCAGUAUGACUGAUAUCCAAUUUAUCUCCACCUUUGGAUUGAGUGAUCAUUAUUUUUUGGGAAACGUUUUGUUCAAUUAUAAGAAAUCGUCAUGAAGUAAAAAAAAAAUAGUUUUAUCCACCUAUAUUAAAUGCCUACAGCUAGUACUUUGAAGAAAUAUGAUAUUUUCGUGUACGAGGCAUGUAUUGUUUUGAACGGCUCGAACUUUCGGCGACAUAUUCCUUGAUGGUGUUAAUGUGACUCGAAAUUUCGGGCGAAAAUUGCUCUAUGAAGGGAAUAUUCGGAACGAAAAUUCGUUCCUAUCGUUCAUUCUUCUCAAAAGGAUUUGGUUGGAUUUGUGGUUUGUUACUGAUCCAUGUAAAACUCCCAUAGAAUUUCCCGCUACGAUUUCAGUCUCCGCGCGACCCAUGUCGUUUACAACCAUGGCAACACUUAGGGUUUUAAUUGUGUCGAUGGAUUUGGGAUCAUUUACGUACUCUACUUUUCGUAGUCAUCGUAGCAAAAGUUUCAAAUUAUUCGAGAAAAAAAAUCAAGAUCCUGAAAAAAAUACAGGCCCGUAGGGGAUUUGAACUCAUGACCUCUGCGAUACCGGUGCAGCGCUCUACCAACUGAGCUAACAAGCCAACUGGGAGCUGGAUAAUGUAUUGGGUCCAGUUCAGCUCCCAGUUGGCUUGUUAGCUCAGUUGGUAGAGCGCUGCACUGGUAUCGCAGAGGUCAUGGGUUCAAAUCCCGUACGGGCCUGAUUUGUUUCAGGUCCUAUUUUCAACUACUCGGUUCUUCACCGCAGUGCAAAUAUAUGAAUUUUAUAUAUCUAAAAUCAUCAUAGUUUAGGCUUGUUUAAACAUCAGGAAACUGGAGUUGAUGUGCAAAAUAUCUGGAUUCGUCUAGGAGAUAAUUUCAGCUAAGUACUUGUAUCAUGGUCGGAGUUACUGUAAGACGCGAACGCUUGGUACAAUUUGCCCGAUUUUCGUUGUCAUCCACAGAUCGAGCCCAGAGUCCGUCGGACGUGAUAACCUUUUGAUGUUUAGUCCUUUUGUCUACUGUAUUUAGUCUCAAUUAUUAAGUGUCUCUGUCUGUCCAAAAGGUUGGAAAUACGUUUAAAAAUAUUUUUUGUUGCAUGCAUGAAUAAUAAACAAACCUGAUCACUCGUGGAAGGCUAUUGUCAGUUUGAAGCGAAGUUUCUAACACUAAUGAUCGAAAGACACUUUCCGCCGCAGAAUUUUCGCGUCGUGGCGAAUAUUCAACGAAGAAGCUUUCUUUGUUCAAACGAAAUAUCGCCUAACAGGCUUCGAACUUUCGACUAAAGAUCGUCAGAACAAAUAACCAAAUUCGCCGAAUUCUGUUUGCAUUACUUUUGCACAAUACUGUAAUUAAGUAAGAAUUCUACAAAGCGAAGCACAGACGAUUAAAAAAUCGAUGUCAGAACUUCUGCCGAGGAAUUUGAACCCCCACAGUCGUAUUCCUCCACUGACCCAAGCUGUCCAGAGAUUGCCGUCUUUCCGAAGAUAUAUGCCUUUAAUACAAGCCCUCAAAAGAAGCGAAACAGGAAUGAGAUAAUUUUCAAUUUAAUUAAGAACAAUAGAGAAUUGCGUGUACGUGUUUACUUACUCUCAUAAUAACACCCGAAACAUGGCCGAGGGUUUGUAUAUCCCUUUUCUUGUAACACUUUCUGCAAGAUAGAAAUAAAAUAGACGAAGAAAAAAAAUUCAAGUCUAACACAACUGAUAAUGAAAUAUCACCUACCAAGUUUUCCGUAAUUCUCAACAUAUCAACAUAAGCAAUAACGUUACAUUUGAUGUAUUAUUAUUUCCAUUUCAAAGAUGUGUGCAUCGCAGACCAAUGUCGUAAUUUGGAGUUUGGACCUGAGAAGGCAUUUAAAGGGAAACGCCUCGUAAACCACACAAUUCGCACCGUAGAAAUAACAGUUUCCAGGUUCUGUGAAAACUUGUGUUACAUGGAGCCCUACUGUGUCAGCAUUAAUCUUUAUACACGGGCAGAUGGAAAAGGAAACUAUAAAUGUGAACUGAACAAUGCUACUCAUGAAGGACACGAAGAAAAGUUGAUAGACCAAAAAAUGUAUUCUUAUCACGCAGCUGAGGUAAAUGUAACUUUCAAUUUAAGAGUCAGAUUGGUUUACUUUGUUGAUUUUUUUAAAACUCUUAAUUUCAUGUUCACCUUUACUUACGAACUCUAGUUUUCCCUCUUUUAAGAUAUUAGCGGUAAUAUUGUUUCUGUGCUCUUCACCAAAAUCUCCUGAAAGACAACACAUUUUAAAGUUAUUGGAGAAAUAUAGAAAUAGAAGGACAACUAUGAUAUAAGGAUAACGAUGGCGAUAUUGAUGAUGGUGGCGGUGCGGUUGACUAUUAGAUGAUGAAAAUGAUUAUCAUGAUGAUAAUAACAAUGACAAUAACAACGGUUUGUUUCUUCUGUCAGAGCAAUUGUGUUCAAAAUCCAUGUAACAACAAUGCUACUUGUCAAAGUGGAUUUACUACGAAGGGUUAUCGGUGUCUGUGUAUCGCUGGAUUUGAGGGUCCACUUUGCGAAAGAGGUAAACACAACUUUUCUUUUAAUAUCUUGAGACGUUCAGUUUAACAAAGACGAGGAAAAACUUUACCGCUGCUUGCUAAAUGGGUCGCAAUAAGGAAUAAUUCAGCUUUUUCCGUCCUUGUGUUGCGUAAACCGCUCUUACUAGCCAGUAAAAGCGAAGCGCAACAGGCCUUUGUCUCUUUACCUUCACAACUCAAAGGCGAAUUUUUGGUUUUUUGUCAUUUAUUCUCGUCAUCUUCCUUCUCCUUAUUCGUCUUCACAUAUCUUUUGCUGAGCCGCACUGAAAGUGGACAGAAACAAUAGUAAAAUACAGUAACCACAGGCAAAAAGAUAAUUGGCUACCUGCAGAGCUUUCCGGAUUAAAAGAAAAAAAAAAGAUAUCACUGUUUUGAAGCUCAUCAGUACUGCUUGUGACUUACAAGGUAACUGUAGUGAUUAUGAUAAAAAAAAGACCACGUUUACCAUGCUAAGAACAGUACUUAAAGAAGGCCUAUGUUUAUUGUCUCUUUUUUUUACAGUCGUCGGUGCAUCCAUGUCUUUUUCUUUUUAUACGAUAAUUUAGUUUUCAUUUAUUGGUGUAUUUUUUUUUCUUAUUCAGAAAUUAAUGAAUGUGUUCGUGGACUACACAAAUGCAGCUCUGAUGCGUUUUGCAACAAUACUAAAGGUUCAUAUAAUUGCACAUGCAAACAUGGAUUCACGGGAAAUGGACGAGAAUGUAGAGGUAGACAUUGGAUUCAAUAGCAAUUAUGUGAUGAAAAAAUGAAGCUUACAUCUUUAAAUUAUCAACAAAGGAAUCGUAACUUACAUCUCUCGAUUCUUCAGCAGCAGAAAAAUACAUAGUGAAACUGAACGCAAGCAGAGAUACAUGUAGACAAAAUCACAUUGAAAAAAACUACUCUUGAUAAUGAAAGGUUUUUCGCACCAAAUGGAAUCAAUCUACUGAUCACUGUUUCUUAGUUUCAUUCAUCUUUUGUUGCACAAGCUGUCUAAUAGCUACAGAAAUCUGUUUGAUAUUCUUAACAACAAGUAUCAAUGCUGUACAAAUCAAAUACGAAUAUCAAGUAAUACUGCUAACCUUUUAAAUUAUUCAUGUGUUUCUGUCAAUUGUCGGCUUUAUAUCUACAGACAUCGACGAGUGUGUCGUAAGGUCACACUCUUGCAGCUCUGAUGCCUAUUGCAACAAUACCAAGGGGUCUUACAACUGUACAUGUAAACCUGGAUUCACUGGGAGUGGAAGAGAAUGCAAGGGUGAGCGUUACUUUUGGGAAUAUCGAGCAAAGGAGGAAUUUCUAAAUUCGAACUUUCUUAUAAAAAUAUGUGAAAUGCCAGUACAGUGUUGCUACACCCACGGGCACAAAAGAUACAAACCAAAAACUUUGCCUUCUGGCUAAAAAACCAAAUAGUACAGGAUAAACACUUAAGCGUCUUGUAUCCGUAUAUGUUGCUAUUUUCUUAAUUGUUAAUUUAUUUGUCUGUCCAUUUUUUCCAUUAUUUUUAUUACUUAUUUUUGAGAUAUCAACGAGUGUCUUAGCACACUACACACCUGCAGUCCUCACGCAUUUUGCAAUAACACCAAAGGAUCAUACAGUUGCACAUGUAAACAUGGACUCGCUGGAAAUGGACGAGAAUGUGAAGGUAAACGUUGGGGUCGAAAUAUAGAGGAAAUCGGCUGAUGAAAAACACUAGUUGAGAAUUUACAGGUAUUACAAAGUAAACAUUGCAACGCAAUUUUCAGAAUAUUACUACCUUUAUCAUACUAUUUAAGGCUACCAAAGGUGCAGGAAACCACUACUUUUAAACACUAAUUAUGAAAAAUCUGAUUGGUUGAGAGCAUUCAAUCAAUAUACUAUAGCGUGUAGAGUUGAAAUGAUAACACAAUAUCCGCAGCGGGUAUAGCAGUUAUCGUUUCGAGUUCACGUUCUACUUAAUUUCAAAGCCCCUCUGGCUAAGUAAAAAAUACGAUUGUUUUAUAAAGAUAACAACAAUCGAUGCCCUCCCGACGUCGCUUUUUAUCAAUGGUGUAUUUGGAGAAAGCAUACGUGCUGCCAAACAAAGUGAAAGAAAACUGAGAACUGUUUUCAGCCACAAAGCAGAGCCUGGAACAUGACAAAAUUAUUCGGUCAGUCCGUCAGACUGGGCUCAAUAUAGUUUCCCAAUGAUGGAUUAAGAUAUAGCUAAAAUAAAUUUACAAUUCCCUCUAAUCAAAGACAUUUUUAAACUUCUUCCAGGAGCUAACUCGUGUAAAGAAAUUCGUGACAUGUAAGUAGAAUUGAUACUUGAUAUUAUUUUCAUAGUACAUCAAAUAUUUCGCAUGCCUACAAUUUGUUUAAGCCAUCACGCCACCGAGCUACAAAAAUUUUUAAACCAUAUUCUAUUCGCGAAGUAGUCCUCCUUUAAACCUUGGCUCAUUUUGGUGGAGUUAUUACUGCCCUCAAAGAAGAAGUGAAAAAUGCCCUUUGUCAUCGGACACUUGUUUACUUGCAGGACAAAUAACAGAGCAUUGUUGCUAUGAAGGCUGUUGUUUAUAUUACGGAGUUAUCAACGUAUUUUCCUGAGGGAUCAACUUUUCAUGUGUGUAUUUGUUGGAUAAUUAUCGUUAUCACUCAGUAUCUUCGCGAUUUUCAUCGUAGUUAUGAUAUUUAUUUAAUAAGCUUUAGUUUUAUUUCACCACCAUUGUCUACUUCAUUUCUUGUUUUCCUUUUUUUUCCUUUUUUAUUCAAACGAUCAAGUAUGAGUGGUGUGGUUACCCUUCUUGUUGACUCGAAACCAUUAUCCGUUUUUUGUCACAUGAGAAAUUUUGGGUGUGGAGAUGGAGGAUGGACGCCAGUCAUGAAGAUUAACGGAAAUGAGGUGCAUACUGUUAAUGAAUGAUUUAUUUCGUAUAUAGACCCGCUCUCUUUCAAAACGUUGCAAAUUGCAAACGUGCAUGUCACAUAUGUAUGACUUUUGUUUUUCUUCGAGAAGGUAAUGCACAAAGAACAGACUUUGUUCAACGUAAAUUUCAAAACUUAUGGUGUUUAUAAUGACUUUUGAAAAAGAAAAGUUUAAAAGGAUGUAUAAAUAUAUCCUAACGUGUUUUCUUCUAGUAUCAUGUAACAGCUCACACCCUUAAAUACUUAGGAUUAGUUAUCGAUUCCUUUAUGUUGUGGCAUGAUCAUAUUGAUUAUAUUAGCAGUAAAAUUAGCAAAAGUCUAAACAUAAUCGCAAAACUGAAACGACAUUUAAAAGUUCAAUCUCUUCUAAGUGUAUACUGUGCACUUGUACAUCCUUAUUUAACAUAGGGCUGCAUAUUGUGGGGUAAUAAUUACGAAGUUCUAUUGUCUCAGUUGGUAAAGCUACAAAACAAAGCUAUGAGAAUCAUCAACAAUGUACCAAUUCGUGACCAUGUUACUCCCCAUUAUGUAAGCCUCGGCCUAAUUAAGCUUCCUGACAUAAUUAAAUUGAGUACGUGUCAACUAUUCUACGGUUAUAUUGUAGACAAAAAAUCUUCUAAUUUUGCCCUUUCUUUUGUAUCUGAGAUCCAUGAUUAUGCCAUUAGAAGUACAUCCUCUCAACACCUGAACCCCAGCCCCUUCAGAAUAAAUAAAUUCUUUCCAACAGUUAUAGGGUGCUACUAUUCGAAUGAUAUUCCUAUAUCUAUACGGGAGAAGCCCACUUGAAACCUUUUUAAAAGAGCACUUUUCUCACGUUACCUUUCCCAGUACUGAUUAACGUCUUCCUCUGACCAAGUUUUAUUUAAAUAUUUGUUGUUUAAGGUGUGAUUCCUAUUCCUUCUCUUAUAUAUUGUAUCUUACAUUUGUAUCUUAUAUCUUACAUCUUAUUGUAUCGCUUCUUUUUACUGUAUGAAAAAUUGUAAUUUAAGGUAAAGAGUAUCUAAUUAGCUCGCUAUAUUAUGCCCUUCUCCACCCUCUUAUCUUACUUGUAAUUAUUCAUCAGACUCUAAUCUAUCGAAAUGGAGGAGAAAAAAAUAAAUACUUACACUAAUACAGCUAGAUAUAUGCAGAUACACAACAGGAGGCAGAGAGCAAAUAUCCAUCAAUUCAGAGAAAACACAAAAAUGUAUUGCUACUACAUUUCAGACCACCUUCCAUUAUGACUCGCAGUAUUGGAGCAAUUACGAUGAAUACAACCUCCCCGGUGGAGAGACUGGGUUUGACAAACUUGAAACAAAGCUACCCACCUACUGGAACACCUCCUUCUCCAAAAUAUGUCUCGGAAUGAAGAUCGGCGAACAGCUCAAGUUCAUUGUCAUCAACAAGCAAGCUGACUCUCUGCACUCACUGAUCGCUGAUGAGCAAUACCGUAACACCUCACUGGGUCGUGACGAGUGGAAAAAGUUGAUUGGCAGCGAGGCCUCAUUACAGAAAAACUGCAACAUGGAAGGAUUCAAUGCCUUUAGUACUUGGAGUAAUCGUUCUAGAGUCAGAAUUGGUAUUGUUAGCAAUAACGAGAACGACUGCCACACAUGCAACUCUUUGAUUGGAUUUGGUACAGGAAGCCACCCUAAUCAUGGAAAAUCUUGCGGAAACCAGGCCGACGAGUCAAGUCCAGAUAAUGGAUGGAAGAGUAUUAAAGCCAUGGGGUACAUAUUAGUGCAAUAA